AAUGAACUAAGAUGCCAAGAGACAGAGAAAGAGAGAGAAUGAGUUCGUCCUCAGGUCAGAGCAGUGGCCACGAUCUCUCUUUCAAGAUCUUGUUGAUCGGCGAUUCCGGCGUGGGAAAAAGUAGUCUCCUCGUCAGCUUCAUUUCCGGCUCCGUUGAAGAUCUUUCGCCCACCAUUGGUGUUGAUUUCAAGAUCAAGGUGUUCACAGUAGGUGGGAAGAGAUUGAAACUGACAAUUUGGGACACUGCUGGGCAGGAAAAGUUCAGAACUCUAACAAGUUCCUAUUAUAGAGGAGCGCAAGGAAUUAUUCUCGUUUACGAUGUCACAAGGAGAGAUACCUUCACAAACUUAUCUGAAGUAUGGUCUAAAGAAGUGGAACUCUAUUCCACUAACCAGGAUUGCAUGAAAAUGCUAGUUGGAAAUAAAGUUGAUAGAGAUUCUGAAAGGGCUGUUAGCAAGGAAGAGGGCUUAGCUCUUGCCAAAGAGUUGGGGAGUUUGUUUCUCGAAUGCAGUGCUAAAACUCGAGAAAAGGUGGAUCAAUGCUUUGAAGAACUUGCUCUAAAGAUUAUGGAAGUUCCUAGUCUUUUGGAAGAAGGAUCAACCGUAAAAAGGAAUGUAUUAAAGCAGAAACAGGAACCCCAAGCACAGCAACAUGGUAGUUGUUGCUCCUAAAAUGCAGCAUUGUGGACUUUGAGUCUUGACAAGCGCAUCUUGGACAUAUAAUGUAUAUGUAAGCUUCUUCUCUAGUUUCUUACUGUUGCCGUUGUCUUUCAGUUGCUUUAUUCUUGUACCGCCGAAAUGUGGAAACUGCCACUCAAAUUACACCUGUUUAGCCUGGUGUAAAUUUGUUUGCUCUUUCGUUCUUUGUUUUCUUGCCUGUAUUUUGUCGAGAUCAAUAAAGCCAGUGCAAAUACGAUUGAUCUCUCAGUUUCAAUGUCA